UAAUAGGUUUUUUAUUGCAAAAUGUUGUGUAACGAAAAAAAAAUGAAGCCUGUGAUUGUUUAUAACAUCAGUAUUGGUAAUUUUUUAUAAUUCACUGCACAUCAGUACCUCAAAUUGUCGGUUCCCUAUUUUAUUACGUAACAAAAAGGCAUAAGUGAAAGAUAAAUCACCUCUUCCCAUGAUUUACAUCAACAAAAUAAACCAUUUUUUUAUAUUGGAUAAUUCGAGGUUCUACAGACGACAAGAAAAAACGAGAUGACAAUAACAAAAUACCCUUUGAUUUUUUUGCCUUGAAAAUCAAUAAACCGAAAAUAUAAAAGACGAAAUUAUCCAAUAAAAAUGCAAUUACAUUAGACUGAAUAAAUGAUAGAAUAGUUGAACUGACGUCUUAAGGAGGUAAACGGGGUAACCGAACCUUAAUUAUCAAUGAUUCUGGGGUUACACGUGAUUACCCUUCCCCCCCUCUCCCCCCUCGCCCCCAUAAUCACAGAAAAAUUUCGCGAUACACCUGAUUUACCUGGAAGCAAACAAUCAAUUCGCGUAAUUACCGUAAAUGUUAUGUCUGGAAUGUCAGGGGAAAUGUUUGUUCGGUUAUAUUUGUUCGACUGGAAAAUAUAAUAAAGUGAUAGGUAUAGAAUGAUUUGUAUGUGUGAAGUUGUGGUAAGUAUUUCAAGGUAAAGAGUGAAUUAUGGCGGAUUGUCAAUGUGUGGAGUGUCAGUGGCGGGUGGUAUAUGAAUUUGUACGGUAGACGCUGAUAGAACAGUUUGAUUCCGACCACCGCACCUGUCAGAAUGACAAUCUGCCAUUGACAACACUGAUACAAUUUUUUUUUUUCGUUUUCCAUUUUUUUUUUAGUUUUGUUUUGAGAUUUUUUUUUGGUUUUACACGAGUCAAGCGUGAGUUCGUGAUCAUGUCCAGGGAUAAUCACGGAUUUGUUGGGAGUAGUGAGAGUGUAGGAGUGAAAGACGGUCGAUACACUGCCACGAGUACUGAAAAAAGUGAAAAAUCAGCGAAAUCAAAUAACGAUGUCUUCACAGUGGAGCUUAAAAAUUGGCCGAGAACGAGUAAAGAGUUUGCGGUUGAAUACGAUCCAUACGCUCACCGAGAGGUUGCACACCCGACGACGACUCUGGAUACCUUAUUUCAUCUGCUGAAAGGAAGUUUGGGGACGGGAAUUCUGGCGAUGCCUCUGGCGUUCUCACACGCUGGUUACGCGAUAGGAAUCAUUGGGACACUCGUUAUCGGUUUCCUCUGCACAUACUGUAUUAGAUUAUUAAUUAGAUCGGAGUAUGAGCUCUGCAAGAGACGGCGAGUUCCGUCGCUCACUUAUGAAGCGACUGCCCAAGCAGCGAUUGAAGAAGGGCCCAAGUUCCUCAGGCCCCUAGCACCAGCUGUCCCACACAUUGUUAACAUUUUUUUGUUGGUUUAUCAGCUGGGCACAUGUUGCGUUUACGUUGUGUUCAUUUCGGAGAAUUUGAAGAGUGCUAUUGAUUCGUAUGUGACUCCAAUAAAACUCGAGUACUACAUGCUCGCAACAUUGCUUCCAUUGAUAUUCAUUAACUGGAUAAGAAAUUUGAAAUUGUUGGCGCCAUUUUCAACGGCUGCCAAUGGUAUCACACUCGCCAGCUUCGGUAUUAUCCUGUACUUUAUUUUUCGUGAUCCAAUCAGCUUCGAGGGUAAACACGCGGUGGGAACUGUUCAGGACUUCCCCCUUUUCUUCGGAACAGUUCUAUUCGCUCUCGAGGCAAUCGGUGUUAUGAUUCCUCUAGAGAACGAGAUGGAUAACCCCAAAAAAUUCAUGACUCCCUUUGGAGUUCUUAACAGUGGAAUGAGUUUGAUUAUCGUUCUGUACGUGGGUAUGGGACUCUUCGGUUACGUUCGGUAUGGCACGGGAGUCAAGGGCAGUAUAACCUUGAAUCUUCCGGAUGACGAUGUACUCGCUAAAAUCGUGCAGAUUCUCCUUGCGAUUUCCAUUUACGUGACACACGCUCUACAGUGUUACCCUGCCAUCGAUAUUUCAUGGAACGUCUACCUGUCUAAGAGGAUUAAAGAGAGAAAGCUCAUGUGGGAGUACAUCGUGAGGACGGGACUCGUCCUGAUCACGUUUUUCUUGGCAAUGGCAGUGCCACGACUCGAACUCUUUAUCUCCCUUUUUGGUGCUCUAUGUCUAUCCGCCCUUGGCCUAGCCUUCCCCGCCAUCAUCGAGACCUGCGCUUUCUGGAGUGUUCAGGACUCAACGCAAAAUUGCAUAAUGCUCGCUAAAAAUACUUCUCUCAUACUUUUCGGACUGCUGGGUCUCGUUGUAGGGACCUACACUAGCCUGAGUAAAAUCAUCGAGUCAUUCUCGUAAUCCAAGACAUUUUUGAGACAAAGGAGAAAAAUCCUUUUCAACGACUGUCACCCUCGAUUCAGUAUAACUCCUUGCUAGACUAUUUUUUAAAUAUUUAAUAUUUA